UAUAUAUAAUAACAAUACGAAGAAAAAGAACAUAAUUUUAUCAAAUAUUGCAAUGUGCGAUAGUAAAUUUUUUUUUUUGGUUAUCUAGUUAAGUUGGUGAUUGUGGUCAAGAAAUGGGUUCCUUUCUGAUUGUAUAUGCAAUUGCACUCAGUGUGAUAGUUGCAGUCUCUUCAAAUGCCGUUGAUUCAAACCGAAUCGUAGGUGGAUUUGUUUCACCAGAGGGCGAGUUCAAAUAUAUGAUUUCACUGCAAGAAUUAAGCAAAAUACAAGAUUAUAGACGAGGACACAGAUGUGGAGGGGCUCUGAUCUCAUACCAGCAUGCAUUGACAGCUGCAUCGUGCACCUUCAAUUAUAACAAUGGGGCAUUCACACCUAUCAACGUGGCUGAAUUCCGUGUGUUCGCUGGUUCAGUGUUGCUUACUAACGACACAUCUGAAGAUCACGUUCGGAGUAUCGCAAACAUCACAGUUCACCCCUCAUACUUGACAAGCCGACCGUUUGCUGAUGAUAUCGCUGUUAUAACCCUUACCGUUCCAUUCCCAAACAACGUGGUGAAACCAGUUCCUCUAUCUGAAAGAGAAGUUAGUCCUCAAGAAUACGGAGUCUGUACUCUAUCGGGUUGGGGAAGUCGAAACUCAUCAGCCACUGAAAGUGCGGAAUUAAUAUACUCAAUCCAUACAAUUUUUGAUUGGCUUGCUUGUGCGAUUGCGUACGGUGCUCUUGCUCCGCAAGUUGUUAUAUUCCCCGGUGUAAUCUGCGCGUACGCCGAUAAAACAGUAGCAGUUGGGUGCACUGGCGAUAUUGGCAACCCCUUGGUCUGCCAUGAUAGCCUUACGGGCAUUGCUGUCAAGACCCAAGACUGUUCUGUUAGAGCUUUUCCUGAGGUUUACACUAAGGUGUCCACGUACAUCCCAUGGAUUAACCGAGUCAUGAACGGUGCACCCUCAAUCAUGCAACCUGGAAUAGCUUUGUUAACUACGUUCGUAGUCAUAGCUUCUAAAAUCAUAACCUAGAAGCUUCUAAAAGUAGCUAAGGAGGAAGAAUUAUUUUUUUAUGUUAAUAUCCCACUAUAAUUUAUUUCAUCUUCAAUAAAUGUUAUUUGAAAGCAA